GCUUGGGCUUGAUAUCAGUCAACUUGUAGCACGACAUUCAAACGCCUCUGCACUUGCUUGCUUGCCUGUAGAACCAUUGCCACCGAGAAACGCAGACUUUAUCAAGUCGAAGGAUUGAAAGCUGCACGUGCAAUUAGCUGCACUAGUCUGCACCGCUCGUUUGGAACCCGACCGCCGACCGCUUAACUCCCUGUUGCCGUCCCAAAAUGCACAGCAUUAAGUCGUCUCGUGCUGUGGCACCUGCCCGCCGGACUAUGGCUGUGUCAGCUGUGGCUGCUCCCAUGCCGUCGCCCAAGGCCAGCUCCAAUGGAAACGGCGGUGGCCCGCACCCUGUGCUCAACGUUAAGGCCACCAUGGAUGACAUCAACAAGCAGCUGGGGUCCUUCAUGAAGCAGGUGGCCAGCAGCAGCUCUCUGGAGAAGAUUAACAAGGGCAUCGGCCAGGAGAUCUCCAAGGCUGCGCUGGAUAAGUUCCGGCGGCAGUAAGGCGCGCGCAGUGUGCGCAACCCUGGGCGCUUGUCACCGCCCGAGGAUUGUUUGCGCCACUGCCACUGCCUGUGGUGAAACGCCGUGGCCUGGGUGUGGCGCAUGGCAUAUGCAUUGACAGAUAGACAAAAUCUUGUGAAGUGCAAUGUGGGAUGUUUGCGUCUUGGCUGUGUCGUUCACCCGUGUCGAUUGGGGCCAAGUGCGGUGCACCAGCCGUCAUUGCUGUGUUUACCGUUGCCGACAGACCGCACAGAUGCAGGCAACGUUGUCUGCUUGGGAGUCAGGUGACGUUCGCAGAGCUCGUGUUGUCGUGAGCGUCGUGUAGAGUUGACCUGCAAGUGGUUUUGCUAGCUAGCUAGCUGCUACUCGGGCUGCGGGGCAAAAGCCGGCACCAUUGACCACACACGAGCAUCGCUGCGUGGUGGUUGGACUGCCGGUCAUGGCAGCACACGCACGGAGUGGCCGCAAUGGCCGCCCGCUGCAAAGUUUUACGAGGGACGCAGGAGGAGCAGGGAAGGGGAAGGAGGCCACGGAAGGCAUGAUCAGGCGAGGGGUCGCGUGGCAGAGCUGGAUGAUAGGGAAACCGGAUGUAGUGUACAGCGGCAAUGGGCAGCCCAUGCGGGCAUAAGAGAGUGCUAAGCUAGUGUAGAGGCUCAGCAAAGUGGUGUAGCCUACGGUUUACCCGAGCAAAUGCUGCCUGUGUGGAACCGCCUGCCGGCCAGAGCCAGGGGUUGGAAGUAGGUCAUACCCUACCCACCGACCAGCCCACGCUCCCGUCUCAACCCGAUGCCAGU